AUGACAGACUCUAACACACAUUAUAUUAAGACAAACUUGUCUCAUAAUGCAGUAAUAGAUUCUUCUGAUGAUAGGUCAGUACAGGCUCGAACAGUAGCAUAUACAGAUAAUGAUCCCACCACCGAAUUCUUUUACCGUCCGAGGACUUUGACGGUACUAACCGUUAUGUUGAUCGGGUUAGUGUACGUCGCAAUGUUUCCUGAAGCUGACGAUACGGCGACAAAUAUUAAGUUUGGAACUUGGGCGGGAGUCUUUUCAUUCCUUCUUUUUGCGAUGCUACAAUUCCGAGAUGGACCAUUUAUUCGGCCACAUCCUGCAUUCUGGCGCGUAGUAUUAGGUCUUGGCGUACUAUAUCAAAUGUUCCUUGUAUUUCUUUUAUUUCAGAAUAAACGCGAUGCAAGAUAUAUUUUUUCAUGCAUUGACCCAUCUUUAGGAGUUCCUCUACCAGAACGUUCGUAUGCUGAAAAUUGUGAGUUAACCUAUGAGAAUGUUAAGGAUCAACUCGAUAUAUUUGUUAUAUAUCAUAUUGUUGGAUGGUAUGCAAAAGCAGUGGUUCUUCGAGAUUAUUGGUUUUGUUGGAUUUUAUCAGUAAUGUUUGAAGUAAUGGAAUAUUCAUUACAACAUCAAUUAAAUAAUUUUGCUGAAUGCUGGUGGGAUCACUGGAUUCUUGAUGUCUUGAUAUGCAAUUGGGCCGGUCUUUAUUUUGGCAUGAAAACUUGUGAAUAUUUUGAGAUGAAGGCUUAUUCAUGGAGAGGAAUAAAAGAAAUUAGUUCUCUAAAGGGAAAAGUAAAACGCACAGUUCAACAAUUUACACCACAUGAUUGGACUAAAUUUGAAUGGGGAACGACAAAAAGUUUUAAAAAUUAUAUCGCAGUUAUCGGACUUUUGUUCGCGUUUCUGCAAGCAGAAUUAAAUUCUUUUUAUUUGAAAUAUCUGUUAUGGAUACCACCAGAUAAUCCAAUCAAUUCAUAUCGCGCGCUUUUACUUUUCAUGUGUUCUAUUCCUGCUACACGUGAAGCGUAUCAAUACCUCACAGACAAGAAUUGCAAAAGAUUUGGUCCACAAGCCUGGUUAACAAUGGCAAAUAUAAUGACUGAAUCUAUAAUAUGUUUUAAAUUUGGUCAAGGAGAAUUUCCAAACCCUGUACCCACAAACGUAGUAAUAUUUUGGACAAUAUUAAUUAGUUUGCUGAUUGGAUAUGCUAUAUGGCAAUUUGGAAUACCAUUUUUGAAGGAACGAAUGGAAAUAUCUAUAAAGGAACAAAAUGGAACAUCGGCUAGAGGAAUUAGAGGAGGUAGAGGAAUCAGACGUCGUGGUGUCGGUAUGCGAGGUGGCGCCCCAGAUCUCGGGCGCAGCUUUACUAACGAAUUACGUGCAACUUUACAAAGGAAUCUCGCUGACGAAAGCCCUAAGGGUCUUGAAUUUGAAGAUCCAGUAGGACCGACUGACAACGAACAUUUGACUCUCUAUGCGUUAGUUGGUUACAAAGCAGCUCUCAAAGAUUCUGCUUUCUAUAUAUCAGCGCCACCACCGCCCUCUGAAAUACAAAGAUAUUCGGAUCAAUUCAAAAAGAAAAAAACACCACAUUCUCUGCGAGAUAUUAAAACAGACGUAGCUUUCUUCCCUGAAGAACUUCACUGUGUCAAAGAUGAAUCGCUAACAUCGACAACUAGUGCAGAAAAUGAAUUCGAAAAAUAUACUGAUAUGGAUCAAUUCCUUCAAGAAGAGGAUGAACUGGCAGAUGCAACUGAUUAUGUAGAGAAUUAUUUUGAUAAUGGUGAAGGAGAUGAUUUAGAUGAUGACGGAGGUGGUGGUGGUGAAGCUUAUUUCGAUUGA